UCAUUUGAGAGAGAAAUUAACCACCAUGGCUGAUCCAGCAACUCUAAUCAGUGGUUUGCUUUCAAAUUUGGUACCUCUGAUUAAGGAUGAAUUCAAGUUGAUUUAUGGUUUUGAUGAGGAGGUUGAAAAGCUAUUGGAUACGCUAUCUGCAAUUAAUGCCGCACUUGAGCAUGCUGAAAUAAAGAACGCGUGGAAGAAGGACAAACCAACCGAAGAUUGGUUGCAAAAACUUAAACGCGUGGCAUAUGAGGUUCGAGACAUCAUGGAUGAGUGCACCUUUGAAGAUCUUCGUCUUCACGUCAAAAGGCGUGAUGCCUCCUCUUCAACCCGGAAAAAGGUAACCAACUUUAUCACCCAUCCUUUUAGCAACACUUUGUCUCGUCGUGAAAUUGGUUACAAAAUUAAGGAUGUUAAAGAGAAAUUAGAACAGAUUUAUUCAAGGCGCAAAAAUUUACAACUGCGUGAACCUAUUCAUGGCUCGAAAAUAAUAGACAAGUUUACUAGUAGUUGGCGUGAAACAAUGUCACUUUCUAGUAGUUCAGUAUAUGGGAGAGAUAAGGAGAAGAAACAGAUUAUUGAUAUUCUACUCAAUAAUAGUACUGUUAGUGUUGCUACAGAAUUACUAUCUGUUCUACCCAUUGUUGGGAUUGGGGGUCUUGGUAAAACAACCUUUGCCCAAAUGGUCUUCAACGACGAGGAGGUUUCUAAGCAUUUCGAUACCAAAAUAUGGGUUUGUGUUUCUGAUGAAUUUGACAUUAAGUUGGUGAUCAAAUCCAUUUUAAAAGAAAAGGCAGAAGCUUCCCUUUCCUUAGAAGAAUUGCAGGAAAAAGUUAGAGAUAAAUUGAGAGGGAAAAGAUAUUUGAUUGUAUUGGAUGAUGUUUGGAAUGAAAACAAAGAUGCAUGGAAUGGGUUGAGAUCUAUAUUAGACUGUGGAAUAAAUGGCUCGUUCAUCCUUACCACAACACGUAAAAGAAGAGUGGCAGAAAUAAUGAAAACUAUUCCACAUUUUGAGUUACCGUCACUAUCUGACGAUAAUUGUUGGCUCCUAUUUAAAGAACGUGCAUUUGAGCAUGUAAAACCAAAACAUCCAAACAUCAUUAAUAUUGGCAAACAAAUAGCUAGAAGAUGUAAGGGGGUUCCCUUAGUUGCCAAAACAUUGGGAAGUCAACUGGGGUUUUGUGACGACGAAAAAGAUUGGCAUAGAAUAAGAGAUAGUGAGAUAUGGGAGAUAUCCGAAAAUGAAGAAGAUCUCUUGCCUAUUCUAAGGUUGAGUUAUUAUGACCUCCCUUAUCAUUUGAGAAGAUGCUUUGUGUUUUGUGCUAUAUUUCCCAAGGAUACUGAAAUUGAAAUUGAGAGAUUAAUCCAAUUGUGGAUGGCCCAUGGCUUAAUACCUCCAGUUAAAAAGCAAGAAGUUGAAGAUGUUGGGAAUACAAUUUGGAAGGAGUUGUGUUGGAGAUCCUUUUUUCAAGAUGAAAAAAAGAACAAAAUUGGGUAUACAACAUGUAAGAUGCACGAUCUUAUGCACAAUCUCGCUCAAUCUGUUAUGCAAGAGGAAUGUUAUACGAUGAAUGCUAAGAGAUCAAGUGAUGGUUUAGGACGUGAAAUUCGUCAUGUAACAGCAAUGGUUGAUAAGUUAAACCAACCAUCAGUUUGUUCUCUUAAGAAAAUUAGAGGGUUGCAAUCAAUAAUGCUCAAUGACACAGAUUGUGAUGGAAAUGUCACAAAGGAGAUUUUGAGUGGCUUGAAGGAACUUCUAACUUUACGUGUCCUUGAAGUAAGACAUUGUGUGCAAUAUCAAGAUUUGAGUUAUGCAAGUCGUCUAAAACAUCUUAGAUUUUUAGACAUUUCUUAUAGUGAGAUAACAACACUACCUAAUAGUAUUUGUGAUCUCUUCAACUUACAGACUCUGAAACUCAAUUAUUGUUCUAAGCUUGAAAGUUUGCCUAGAAAUAUGAGGAACCUUAUUAGCCUGAGACAUCUUUAUUUGGAUUGUUGUUUUGGAUUAAGAUAUAUUCCUAGAUGGAUGGGGGAAUUGAAACACCUCAAGACGUUAAGUUUGUUUGUGAUAAGCGAGAUAAAAGAUCACUGUCAACUAGAUGAAUUAAAAGAAUUGAAUAUUCGCGGAUCAUUGAAAAUUAAGAACAUUGGAAGAAUUGGUGAUGCAUCUAUUGCAAGAGGAAUAAGUAUGGCUAAAAUGUCGAGUAUCACUAACUUGGAGUUGGAUUGGGGUUAUACAUAUGAUGUUGAUCACGAGAAAAUAGGUAAAGCUUUAGAGGUUUCAACUGAGAGGCUGAAGAAAUUGAGAAUGAAUGGUUACGAAGGUGUGAAUCCGCCUAGAUGGGUGGGAAAGUCAUCUCCUUCUGUAACACGCCUUGAGCGAAUGCGAAUGGACAAUGUGGAUACUAUUGGUAGUAGCAGCAGCGCUGAUAGUGAAAUUAUGAUAGUAAUAUUCCCUUUGUUAGAGCUAUUGGAUAUUUCUAAUAUGAAAAGUUUGAGGGAAUUGGUGUCUCCUACUGUUCCUAGUCGCGGAGCAUUCCCUAAUCUAUGUGAGAUUAUGAUAUAUAAUUGCCCAAAGCUAGGGGCCUUGCCACCGCAUCUUAAAUCACUCAAACGUGUAAGUGUUGAAGGUGAAUGUUCGGAUGAGUUGUUAUAUAGCAUCUCAAAUCUUAGUGCUCUCACUCAUCUCGAUCUCGUUGGAUUGAAUGAAAGAAGUGUUUUAUUUGGAGCUGGUUAUAUGGCAUUAAUAUUUGAUGAUGAGAUACCAUCAUUGUCAAGUCAAAUCCUUGGGGAUAAUGAUAAUAAUAAUGAAGAACAAUUAGGAGGAGUAUGCUCAACUUUCCAAUCUCUAUCUAUCCGGGGGUGCCUCAAUUUAAGGUGUUUGUUUGAUGAGGGAAUGAUGAUGGAAGAAGAGCCAUUAAUAAAGAUUAGUAGCUUCAGGAAACAACAAAAUUAUCAUCAUCUUUUCAAAGAAAGAACAAGACUCAUAACCUCUCUCACGGAAUUGCAUAUUUUGAAUUGUCCGGAGUUGAUGAUAUCAGUUGAUGAAUUUAGAAACCUCAAUUAUGGUAAUAAUUCACUACAGAUAUUGCAAAUAAGGGGUUGUCCUAAGUUCGUGUCUUCAGAAGAUAUUAUGGGACUACUACGUUCCAUUCAAACCAGACUUGGUCCUGCGAACUUCGAUGUAGAUAUUCAAUUGGAAGAGGUACAAGGGGACGAUUUUAUGUCAGUCCUACGUUCCCUUCGAGCAAGACUUGAUCCUAUCUAA